AUGGGUGGAGCGAUUGCAAUGUCGACAGAAGGGGAAGCCCCCAGUCCUGAGGAGCGCUCCAUGUCAAAACGCGUAAACAGGAAGAUGGACAUUGCGCUGCUACCAUUUCUUUCCCUGCUGUAUCUGUUUAACGGUUUAGAUCGAUCGAAUGUUGGAAAUGCGGAGACGCAAGGGUUCACUAAAGACAUUGGCGCAACCCCGGAUGAUCUUAACCUAGCAGUGUCGCUUUUCUUCAUCACGUUCGUGUUGCUUCAGCCUCCUUCGGCCGCUGUAGGAAGAUGGAUGGGCGCAAAGCACUGGAUUACCAUUAUAAUGAUCGGCUGGGGUGUUUCUACAUUGGCGCACGCCUUUGUCCGGGGUAAGGGAAGUCUCAUUGCUGUCAGACUUAUGAUUGGCGCUUUCGAGGCGGGUUUCUAUCCUACAGCCGUCACAUAUCUCUCCACCUUCUACGGCCGAUACGAUAUGGCUGUGCGAAUCGGACUCUUCUACGGACAAUACGCUGUUGCCGGCGCCUUCUCGGGCUCUAUUGCAUUCGGCAUUUUCCAUCUCAACGGCACCAGCCUGCAUAAUUGGCAGUACCUGUUCAUCAUCGAAGGGGCCUUGACGAUAUUCGUUGCAAUGAUUGCUUGGUUCUGGCUACCGCAAGGACCAGGAUCAGCCUGGUUCCUUGAUACCGAAGAACAGGUGUUCGCUGUGCAGCGUAUCAUUAAAGACAACUCCAAAUGGGUUGCACACAGUUACGGAGGUGAUGGCGUAGAACAGGAUCGACUUACGAAGAGGGAUGCUAUUGAAACGGUCAAAGACUGGAAACUUUGGUUUCUACUCUUCUUCAAUAUCUGUGCUAGUGUACCCAGCCAGGCGUUCUCCGUCUUUAUGCCUAUGGUUGUGCAGGGCUUGGGAUACUCAUCAGUUGACGCAAAUUUGAUGUCCGUACCGCCAUUCGUAUGCGGUGCCGUAGGUCUAUACCUCUUUGCCCUUAGUUCAGAUCACCGGAAAGAACGAGGCUAUCACAUCAUCAUUGGCACUUUCUUUGCUCUCGUCGGCCUGAUCAUCACCGUUACCGCGCCGUCCCACCACGCACAGUACGCAGGUCUUUGCAUCCUUCUUUUUGGAAGCUACAUCUCAGCCCCCCUGACUGUAGCCUGGCUCAGUGGCAACAACCCCGAGCCUGGAAAACGGUCCCUCGUUCUCGGUGUGAACGGAUUCGGCAACCUCGCAGGCGUGAUCGGCUCACAACUCUACAAGAAACGAUAUGCGCCUAGAUAUCUGACACCUUUUUACGCCACACUAGGCUUCGUGGCUGCGGCGCUUAUAGGGUACACGGCGUAUAGGUUCAUCUUAAAAGCUGUUAAUAGAAGAAAGAUGAUUUGGGCAGAGGGAAGGAGUGCAGAGCAGAUUGAGGCCGAGAGGUUGGAUUCAACCAGAUAUGCGGAUGCGAAGAUGUCGUUUUUGUAUGGUCUGUGA